AUGGCACUUACCGGCGGUGAUGAAGCCUAUGACGUUAGCCCUGAGGAUUUUAUUUCGGUGAUCGAUGAAGAAAACGUCUCGGGAAUCAUCAACUCGCAGGAGGCAAUGAUUUCGAAACUAGAAAAAACUAAUGCCAUGCUGCAUACAGUUUGCGAACUCUCCACUGACCGGCUGGGCCCUAUUUCUGCCCAGCUGAGAGCAAGCACGAAAACGCUGAUUGCUCUGAAAAAUGAACUUUCAGCCGUUUUGGCGAAGUGGGAGUCUGAACUGGACGCUGACAGUGUCGACAAUCCCCCUCCUACGGAAGAACCAUCGCCAGGACAAAUGGGCUUUUAUGUUUUGUCCAUCCUGCGGGAUAUCGCGCUGGGUUUCGUAGAAGACCUGUCCGCCUGCGUGCAGACCAUUCUAUGGAUCAAAAACGAGUUGGGGAAAUUACUGCGCACGACAAGGCAGGCCUGGCACAUCUUAUUCACGUUGAUUGUUCUCACCCUCGGGCUGAUCGCUCUGAAGGUGGUCUGCUAUCAGAGUAGCAGCCUGGCUCUCUUCGCUUUCUCCGAACUCAUUCUCUUCGAUGUGCUCGCCCUCGUCGUUGCUCUUGUGAGUUUUUGGGUUCGACAGCAAUCGGCAAAUGUCAAUACCUACUGCUUCGGAUAUGAUCGGUUUGAGGUCAUCGCGGUCUUCGCCUCUACGAUUCUGGCCAUUCUGUCCUCCUUCUAUCUGUUAAAAGAGGCAAUUGAAUGCCUCUUCGAACCGGCUACAACUGACUUCCCCUUCCCAUUUUCCCCGCAGGUUGAGACGGAAUACAUGCCAUUUACUGCUGUCUUCACGCUCCUUCUUCACUCUCUCGGAAUCUACGCAGUUGAUAACCCCGCCUUUUCUCAUGUCACACAGGCCAGCGUGUCCAACUGGCUUCAGGAGCAUACCUCGGAUAUUAGCCGGUCUGUCUGCGGCACCGUACCAGGCCUCUCACGGAUCCUCCUGCCUCGACUAAAUCCCAUCUCCCUGGUGGGGUGGCUGAUCUCAAUGGUCGUGCUGUGCGCAUACGUCUUUAUGAGCACUGGCCAGACGGACUCAUUCCCUGAUACCAUCGCUGCAGUGACAAUUUCCUUGCUGCUUUUCAGUACCAUGGUUCCUAUGGCAGCCUACUGCCCGGUCUCUGCCGUUUCGCAAAUUGUGCACCUGCUGUUGGCUCUGCUUUUGGUCGAUCAUGCUGUAUCCUGGUAUUUCGCUAAACGCAGUCCACCCACUGCCACAGAACAAAAGCUUAAGUCCGUGGGGGUCUUGGAACUGCGAAAUGAGCACUUUUGGACUGUUGGUUUCGGCACUCUCAUCGGCAGUCUCUACGUUCGUGUUCGACGUGAUGCUGACGAACAACUGGUGCUCGCUCACGUUACUAAUCGCCUCCACCCUCUCGUCAAACAUCUCACAAUUCAGGUCAUAAAGGAUGACUGGACCCGUCCCACCGCCUCCGCUCGCUUUGACUGGCCCCAACUUCCUGUUUCACCAACGAGCCAACCUCCGCAGCAGAUGCCCUCUGCUGCGUUGCAACACAAUCACUCCCACAGCCACACAGUCUAUCCAUCCAACAUGAUGCAUCAUUAG